AUGGCAACAGGUAAUGUUAAGCUUCUAGGAAUAUGGGCAAGCUCUUUCGUGAACCGGGUUGAAAUAGCCCUCAAAAUAAAAUCUAUUGAGUCUGAAUUUAUACAAGAAAAUUUGUUAAACAAAAGUGAGCUGCUCCUCAAAUCCAACCCUGUUUACAAGAAAAUCCCAGUCUUAUUCCAUGAUGAAAAGCCUAUUUGUGAGUCACUUGUCAUCCUUCAGUACAUCGAUGAAGUUUGGACUAAUGGUCCCUCCAUUCUUCCUUCUGAUCCUUAUGAUCGUGCCAUAUCCCGGUUUUGGGCAGCCUAUAUAGAUCAAAAGUGGUUUCCGUUGGUGACGGAGCUUAGGAACGCGGUAGGAAAAGAAGCAAAGGAAGCAGUGUUGGACAAAAUAUAUGAAGGAGAUUUGCUGCUGGAGGAAGCUUUUAUCAAGAUCAGCAAAGGUAAAUCUUUCUUUGGUGGAGAUAACAUCGGUUACCUUGACAUUGUUCUAGGGAGUUUACUUGGAUGGGUGAAGGCGCAAGAGAUAAUGGAUGAAGUGAAGAUACUAGAUGAAACCAAGAUACCUAACUUAGCAAAAUGGGAUGAGAGAUUUUGCUCGAACGAAGUUGUAAAGGAUAUCAUUCCACAGCCCGAAAAACUUGUCGAAGUUUAUCGGAAGUAUAAGGAGAGCUUCUACAAUAAAUAA